AUGGAGCCCCGCGACUAUAGCAGGUGUGUACCUCACAGCCCAAUCAGCAUUCCCAAACCAUGUCAACCGCCACAGCCCCUCCAAGCAGUUCAUGCAAUUCCAUCCUCAGCUCUCAAGCCACGGACAUUUGCUGACCAAGUCGAGCACCUUCCAACCAACAGUAUUAUUCACUCCCCAUCAUUCACAUUCCUCGUCGGCCCCAAACACACCAAAUUAACGAUCCAGUCGGGUCUCGCCCAACAUGUCUCCAAACCACUGCACAACCUCAUGAACAAUGGACACACCCGGGAAUCCAAACACCGCAUCGCCGUGCUAGAAGACGAAGAUGUCGAAACUUUCGUGGCCUUUUGCGAAUAUGCGUAUACUGGAGACUACAAGGUGCCACAGCUACCGAUGCCAGUGCAAGUGCCAACACCAACACCACCACAACGAGAAGAUCUCCGGACAGGUGUGGUAGAGAGUGCGCCGAGUACGGGGCCUUCCUGGCGAGGGACGUAUCGUUCGGAUUCGGUCUCGUCGGUGCCACCUCCAGCUCCUUCGCCGCCGCCAGAGAGUCAGACCGAUAGUCAGACCGAUAGUCAGACCGUGAAGGCCGAAGAACAGGUACCCUCUAUCGUCGAGGAGGAUGUAUCUGCUGAAGUGGACGCAGAUGCAGAGACUGGAGAAGAAGAGCUCGAAACACAGGCGCAGAAAGGCAUCGAAGAAGCUGAGCCGUCACCGUGGACAGACGAGACCGUCGAACCUAGUGAGCCACUCGUGCAGCCGAGGGAAACAGACUGGGCCCAAUCUCAAAAUCCCGAGAAUGCCCUGGCGGAAUCUGACGGGCAGCCAGCCCCGGAGGCUGUAGAGCCAGCGGAUGAGCCAUCCUGGGAAGCAAAUUCACCAGAUCCAGCCUACAAAAAGAAGUCCAAGAAGAUGAAAGUAAAGAAGGGAAAGAAGAAGUCCCAGCUACAGCCACUGGAAGAGGAACCCCCAGCGAGCUUGACUCCUCCAUCGACGCCGUCUCCUCAAGAGCCCCAAGUUGUCGAAGUACAACCCGAUCCCGAGCCCGAGCCUGAGCCUGAGGAACCUGAAGCCGUGGAGGAGGAGACUCCUGCAUACGAAGGAGGACUGCAAGAACCAGAACCAGAACCAGAAGAUGCACUAGUAGAGGAACCAACAGAGUCUUCUCUACCAUCUCCAAUGCCCUCGCCCUCUGCAGCCCCAACAGAAGCCCCGGAAUGGUUUCAAUCAAUCAACUAUCCUCCUCAGGAAGAACAAGACAACAUUGAAGACAUUCGCACACCAGAACCCAAGUCCUCAAUCUCACCCCGGGCCAGCUCGCCAACAGAAUCAAGCACUAUCCAAGCACCCUCCUCCCCCAAGCCCAUCAUCGACAUGUCUUUUGCAAAGCAACAAUCCGACUCACCACGCACACCCGGCCUCAGCCUCUGGGACGAAUUCGCCGCAUUACAAUACAACGACGACUGCACAGUACCAAUCACCCCCAAACCAUCCACUACCUCAACAUCAGCCACAGCAACAGAGCUCCCCUACCUCACCUUCCACGCAAAAGUCUACGUCUUCGCAACGCGAUACCUCAUCCCAGCCCUCGCCCAACUCUGUCUCCGCAAACUGCACACAGACCUCCUCCACCUGCCCCUCCACGACGAGACAUACACCAGCGCAGAAGACAACACAGAAGACAGGAACGCCAACCCGGAAACCGACACCCAUCCCCCGACUAAACAGAAUCUCCCCGGCGCACCAGCAAUAGUCCUCGACGUCCUCCACUAUGCCUACACCAAGACCACACGCCUGGAACCGAUCAACCCGACAUCCGCAACACAGCUACGCGAGAACGAGCUGCGAAGGCUGGUGGUGCAUUAUGCGGCUUGUCGGGUCAAGGAAUUGGCGCGAUGGCAUGGUGGUGGGAGUGGGAGGGCGACGCCGGCGGAUGGGGCGAAGCCGGAUAGUUUGAGGGCGUUGUUGGAUGGGACGCCUGAGUUGGCGAGUGAUCUUGUUUAUCGGAUGAUGUAG